GGUGCUCUCCCCCCAUACGUGUUUCCGGCGCGUACUCGAUUCCGUGACGAAUUCUUUAACCUGUACGGAAUUUGAAAACACAAAGUGUAAUUUUUAAACAACAAAUAGUGUUAGGUGUUACUUCCCAUAUAAUUUACAGCCGAGUUAAAAAACUUCCACAAUUGCAAAAUAAUCUAAACACCAGUAACCUAUUGAAUAAUUGUUCAUAAGGAAACAAAUAUUAUUCAUUACCAGCGAUAAAAGCACAAUAGUAAACGUAGUAAACACGAUGGCUUCAGGACUAGAAAGUUACGUCAAUCACACUGUUUCAAUAAUUACUUCUGAUGGCAGAAACUUUAUAGGAACUCUAAAAGGUUUUGAUCAAACCAUCAAUUUGAUACUUGACGAAUCCCAUGAAAGAGUUUACAGCAUGACUCAAGGAGUAGAACAAGUUGUUCUUGGCUUGCACAUUAUACGUGGUGAUAAUGUAGCGAUCGUUGGCGAACUGGAUGAUGAGAUGGAUUCUAGACUUGAUCUUUCUUCGGUCCGAGCUGACCCAUUGACAUCAGUCGCACAUUGACGUUUUGUCAUCCUUACUAUUUCCACGAGUCAGCAUAACUUUUGCAUUCCAAUGAUUGACUAAGCUGGGAUUUAAAAAAAUUUACGAUCGACUCUACGAUGAAUGAUGUAAAUACCUUACUUGUUUGAAGAUUACUAGGAAUCGUUUUGCCUUAUAUAAUAAAAAAGAGGAAAGACAUGUAUUCAA